AUGUCCUUGCCGGAGGCAGUACGGCAUUGGAAUGCCGUCUGCUGUCAUCAUCACCAACUGUUACUCUUGCGCCACAUGGAGGAGCGAUACAUCGAGCUGGACUUGUUCACGGGGGCACCGCUUGAUAGCAUUCAUCUGAAGGCUGACAUGACGGCGGCGGUAUCAGCGGAGAUGCUGGACUCAACAUCGUCUUUGGACAUCUCGGCUCACAGUAUCUACUCGUCCCUCAGUGACGGCAGCGGCACCGACGUGACCCGUGACAGCUGUACUAGCAUCUCUGAUGCGAACGGCGACGGGUUACCGCGUGCGGUGCUGUCGCUGACAACGCAGCGCUAUGCGACACUGAUCAUGCAGGCGACAGUGUCCCGUUCCCUAGCGACGAUCACCAAGAAGAGGAAGACAAGGAAGGAAGCGAUGGCCGCUCCGACACGGAAAGCAGCUCACACGUGCCUGGCAAAGCUGGCCGCACCAGUGAUUCAGCUCGGCCUGACAUGGCACACCCCCAGACAGCGCGUACACAACGACCUUUCGUUCUCCGAUGCCGAUGAUGAGGCUGUGGUGGAGAGACAGCAGGGCAAAGCAGAACUGCUGGCCGCGUCUCAAGGCUCGGCUGCGCGAUCAUUCUCGUCGAUCAGCAGCGAGAACACGUUGCACCACGGUAGCACAAGCGCGUCGGACAUCGACAUGGAUGUCAUGGCGGGCCGCAAGCAACUCCCCCCGCAGUACCACUUUCUCCGCGCGGUCAGUCCUACACCGUCGUCGUCUGCCAUCUCGGCAACCUCGCCGAGAGGCAUCCGCAAUAAACCAACGAAGUGGUCGAGAGAAAAGCCUGCGAGGCACAAAUAUGCGGGCACUGACAAGAGUGCGGACUCAUCUGUAGGACGCGAAGCAGUGCCGCAUGAAAUCCCGGUGCGGUGCGGGCCGGGCGGAUGCGUGUACAGAGCCGUGAGUGCAACGCUUGACAGCUUUACCGCCGCCGGAAACGGUGAGGCGGCGCCUCCGCAGUUUCUUCUUCUUCUGCAGCUGCCUCUCCCUCUUGUGGAGGCAUUCUGGGUGAGGCUACCGUCAUCCUCCACAUCGGGGAGCUCACAGAGCGGCGUCGACGGGGCGGGUCGACGCCGCGCAGGUGAGCAAUCUAUGUCCGCCGUCGAGCUGCGGCGUGUGCCAUGGCUUCCACGUGACGCUUGCAGUCUUAGGGCUGCCGAGCUGGCGGUUGACGCACCGAUAGGUGCCUCCAGCGCAUCGGAAGCGCGAACGACUCUGCGUGGAUUUGUCCUUGAGGCGUCAGAGGUACCCUCGGCGCGAAUUGCGAUGUCUACCGGGUUCCCGCGUGUCUUGCGCGCACUUUCUGCUUAUGACGUGCUUAGCGCUAGGAGUACGGCUGUGCGUAGCGCCUGGCUUGCGCACGAUAGACGGGGUAACCGCAGCCCGUUUAGCGCCUCGUUCGACGCGGGGGAACGCGAGCGGGCUGCUGGAGCGGCAGCAGCCCCGGAGCAUCGCAGUGGCACCCGCGCCGUGCACACCAAAAGCUUUUCGACACCCUUUCCCUACGAGAGCAACAAGAAGAGCAGCAGCAUCACUCACGUCAUCAGCCCGCCGACGCGUCGCUACAUCCCGGAAGCCAGUUUCUUCGACGAAAACUUCGAGCCGCUCAUGCUGCUUGGCCGCGGCGUCGGUGGGGCGGUGCUGCUCGCGCGACAUCGCGUCACCGGUGUCUUCUACGCCAUCAAGGUGCUGGUCGCCCGCGACUACGAGAGUGAGCGCGAUAUUCUGCAGGAGGUGCGGAUUCAUGCGAUGUUGGAGAAUCGUCACCUGGUGCGCUACCACACCUGUUGGUCCGAGGUCAUUUCCGCCACUCGUGCGCAACAGCUAGCGUUCAUCGGUGUGUGCCACCCGUACAAGGCAAAUUUGGGGCGCUGCAAGCGACUCAACUCUGCAUCCUCUUCCUUGCCCAUGACGGCUCGACAGAAUGCACGCGACGGCACCUCGCAUUCUCCCACCAACUCAGACACAGACAUUCUCGACAGGUCGCAGUCACGCAGUGCGCCGAGCGGGUGGCAUCAUCUGAUACACCCAAGCCUUUCGAGCAUGAUGCUUCUGGGAAGCGAUUCAACAAGUGGGGCGGUAACGCCGGAAAAGACGCCGAUGCGAUCGCAUCCGCGACUCCGCGGCGACGACCGGAGACGACUCAUCGUGGAUGAAUUCGCUGACGAUUUGACUGACGAUGACGGAGACGCGGUGCCUGCAGGCCAGGCGGAGAAGCGGCAGGGCGAGGCAGGUGAUUGUUUGAGGCACUCGGGCACAGGCAUCUCUCCGCCUACAAAGAUAGGGUCGCAGCCAUCACGGCGCCCUCUCACCUUUUCGUCGACGUCUUCUCCGUCUGCGCGGGGCACGCGUGCUUUCCUCACUGCGCAUCGGCUACGCAAGCAGCUGCCAAACACCUCUGUCCUCAGCCCCGGCCCUUCCUCUGCCGCCUCGGACGGCGUGAGCGGCACCACUGUUCAGGACGUCGCCGACAGCGAGGGAAAAGAUUUCGAGACCAUUUGGGAUGACGCUCAAGGGUGUGACAGCGACCGUAGCGAGGGUAGCGGCGACGGCUACGGCAGCAGCCAGCGGCCUGAAGAGAACACCAUCAUUGGCACACGGGUUGUAUUCCUGCAGAUGGAGCUGUGCCAGGGGACUCUUGCUCAGUACCUCGCUUCUCGCACUUCCAUUGAUCGCGUGGAAAACUUGAUCAUGGCCAUACAGGUUGUGGCGGGGCUGCGGUACCUGCACCAUCGCGGCGUUCUGCACCGUGAUGUGAAGCCGACGAAUGUCUUCAUGAAUUACCGGUGCCAGUACGACAAGGAAGUCCACCAGACGAAUUUGUCGAGCACGAGCGAUGUGGAUGACGGCUCUGAGGAUGAGGAUGACACGAGGAGUUUCUGGGGUUUUCCAGGGUCGGCCGCCUCUCGGUCUGGCGCUUCGGCAGCGUGGCACGGUGAUCGUAGCAAUGAGGCCUGUGUACCUUCCCCGUCUUCAACGCUUACCUUGUGUCGGCAUCACUCGAGCUCCUGCCCGCUGAAGCUUGCGUCCAGUGGCUGCGGCCCGAGCGUGUCUUGUGCACCGCGGCGAUCUUCAAUUGUGCCCCCUAUCAUGCAGGAGCUGUUCCGUGCUGCCUCCUCUCUCACGUCCGGUUGGAAGGCGGAGACGACCAUGACGUCGCUGGACAACUUGCCUUCAUGGGAUGGCGAGCAGGCAGCGGUCGAUUUUGUCAUGCACCCGCCUCACCGCAUGGCUACUGAGAUGCUGCAGGAGCGACUGCUCCGGCGGCCACCACCACCAGCGGCUCGCCAGCGCUCCAGCUCGAAGUGCGAGGUGGAGGAGGAGGAGACGGCCGCCGCGGGUGCGACUAUGCCGCUUGUGCAGUCCGAUGGUGGUCGACACUUUCUUCGCCGUCUUGCGAGCUGGCUGCUCCACCGCUUCGUGCACGUACAGCUGGGUGAUUUGGGGCUUGCUAAGUUCUUGUACCAGCAGGAGGUGCGCGUGGACGAUUUUGUUUCCAUGAACGCGAUCAACACGAUCGGCGUCGGCUCCCCGCUCUACGCGAGCCCGGAGCAGCUCAAAGGCAACCGGUGCACACCUGCCUCAGACGCCUUUUCGGUUGGCGUUGUGUUAGCGGAGAUGUACCUUCAGCCCAAGACCAUCGCGGAGCGUUUGACGGUGUUGCGUGAGGUGCGCGAGGGGGUCUACCGCGACAAGGUGCUGCUUGCCCAGUUCCCUGAGCUGAAGCUGGUGCGGCGCUUAACUGAGACACAGCCAGAGCGCCGCAUGACACUCGCCGCGGUCCACAGAGCCCUCAGAUCCUUUCUUGAACAAGCACUACAGGACGAGUUGUACCGCCACUACGAGUAG